AUACGAAUAAAGCAACGCAGCACGUGGCGCAUGUGCAAGAGAAAAUGGCGGCCACUGAUGAAGUCAGCCGAGAUGUUGGACAUGUUUUCAUGCGCCUCUUUGAUCACAAAGCUGCUUUGCAAGGACAGCAGCGCUUCUUUGUAAAAGAAUUCGAGACCAAGCGCGGCUUCCGGGAAGUCAAGCGUCUUGAACAGCAUAAGGUAGCGACUCAGACAUGCAAGGAUGUUCUAUCUGCUGAACUUGUCACAGAUCUACUGCCUCAGAUUGCAGAAUACAACUCCAAAGUUUCAGACCUGUCUGAUAGUCUAAUUGCUCUUGUUUCCGGGAGAAGCAUCGAAGCGAUAGAGAAAGGAUGUAAUAAAGAAAAACUGGGAGAAGACUGGCAAUUGUUCAUGGAUGAGCUCAGCGAGAAGCGCCGUCAAUACGAUGCGGAUAUCGAUCAGGAACUGGCAGCAACAAGAAAACGCCUGGAGGAGCUAAGGUCAUAGCAAGCGUAUGUAACCGGCGGUUAUGUACUCCUUUUCAUAGUAAGGAAAGCUGUGUGAACUCUUUUUAAUUUCGUGUCUUUAUUGCUAUACCCUCGGCAAGCAUUGUCCUCUCUGAUCCACAUCGUAAAUCCCUCUGUAACUACUGGUACAUUCGUUGUAUUGUGUGGAAAUCUUUGUUGACGCGCUACCAAGCCACGUGUGUAGCCACGUGGGGGUGCCGUCCACUCAACUGCUGGGAAUUGAGCUAAAAUUCAAGCCGUUGCUGUAACCUUCGGCUCCGUGUAACAUAUUUUCUAUCCGCAUAAAACUAUCUUUCAUGCUAUCAUGACACCUUUCAUAGCUCUUGAAGAAAUCCCAACCCUCAAAGGGGUUUCUUUGCGUACCCGAAACUUACAUUCUUGAGGUCCAAAUAAUUCAUUUGACUUCAAGAGAUAUUCGCUAUUUUACUAUAAUUAUGUCUCACUACAGUGCUGUGUAUAUGACUGCAUUCGUUUUUCCGUGCGGAAAUACUUCAUUAUGAA